AUGACCUUUGGAUUGCUUAGCGAGUGCUCAUUUAUUCAGACGACCGGAAUGCCCUAUCCAUGGGCUGUGAAGAAGUCUGCAAAGCUCGUUGCCACCGAAGAAGCAGAGGCUGUCAGGAAGGCCUCCCAAAACCUCAAACAGCCUCGUGGCCGACCUUACAAGGAUGAGCCUGAUAUUCUGGCAGUGGCAAAGCAAACACCACUGCAAAAUCCAGCAAAAUCUGGCCAAGGAAGAACCAUGGACAUACCUGCACCCAUGUGUCAACACACAGCAUGUUCCAAAGCAAAGAAGAAGAAACCUUGCUGUAGUAGUAACGAUCGCAAGAACGAUGCAAGUAGUAAUAGUGAACUCAACAAUAAGGAUGGACCUGCAGACGUCUCUGUUUUCGACAUUACACAAACUCUGAAAAGCAAUGAGGACAAUGGUUUAUACUUGUUGUUGUUUGAGAGGGCAAAAGCAUAUGGAUUGCUGACAUCCACCCUGAAAGUACAGGACAACACUAUUGAAAUUACAGUUAAGGUCUUGGAUGGAGUUGGUAUACACAACAUACUCAUCAAUUCAACCAUAACACUUUCUGAUCUAUUGUAUAAGUGUAAGAAGGUUGGCUCUAAGGUAGAAUCACACUAUCUGGACAGUCAGAAGGCUUUAGAUGAUCUCUUUACAUUUGUCAAUAAGUUUUACAAGGGUAACAAAAGUAAGAAAAAGGUUGAGGAUCCUGAAAUCAUUAUCUGUAACCUUGAGAAUACAGCCUCUGUAAAGCAUUCUAACAGUUGA